AUGGAAGUGGCGCGGUGCAAUGCAACUUCACCAACAGAAUUUGUCCUGCUGGGACUCCUGAACCACAGCAAAGUCCACACCUUCCUCAUGGCCAUGAUUUUACUAGCCUUCAUUACUGCUGUGCUCGGGAAUGCUCUCCUCAUGUUUCUAAUCCAGGUGGAUUCCUCCCUUCACACCCCCAUGUACUUUUUCCUCAGCCACCUGGCCUUCAUGGACAUCUGUGAGACUCUCACCAUUGUCCCCAAAAUGUCAGCAGACUUUGUAACCCCAGGCAACACGAUUUCCUGGGCUGGCUGUGGGGCUCAGAAGUUCUUCACGCUGGCAACAGGUGGAGCAGAGUGCCUCCUUCUGGUCGUCAUGUCUUAUGACAGGUACGUAGCAAUCUGCAAGCCUUUGCAAUACCCUCUCCUCCUGAGCAGGAGAGUCUGCCUGGGCUUGGCCGCUGCGGUCUGGAUUGGGGCAUCUGUAGAUGCCUUGAUGCAUACAGUUUAUAUAAUGCAUCUGCCCUUCUGUGGCUCAAAAAACAUUAACCAUUUCUUAUGUGAGCACCCAGCCCUGAUGAAACUGGCCUGCUCUGACACUUCCACCUAUGAGAGUCUGGUAUUUGUGACUGGCAUUGUCAUGCUCCUCAUCCCUUGUUCCAUCGUAUUAGCCUCCUACACUCGCAUCCUCUCUACAGUGCUGAGGAUGAAGUCAACCAAAGGACAGCAGAAAGCUCUGGCCACCUGCUCCUCACACCUGACUGUGGUUUGCAUGUUUUAUGGGGCAGCUCUCUUCAUGUACAUGAGACCCAAUGCAUACCACACACCAGAGCAAGACAAAAUUGUGUGUCUGUUUUACACCGUUGUCACCCCAAUACUGAAUCCUCUCAUCUAUAGCCUGAGAAAUAAGGAUGUCUUAGGAGCCCUAAAAAAAACUGGUUGGAAAAUGCAGAGUCCUCCGUGAAAACUGAGAGAAGCUGUAGUUCCCUGUUAGGUACUAGGAUCAAUAAAAAGGUUCAGGUCUGUUGGCAGGGUUUUCUGGAAUAUUUUGAAGGAGGCUUUAUUUUCUAAAGUGCUGCUUUAGCAAUUUAUAUCUCACAUAAAACCAAGGGUAUAUAUCCUCUUUGAGUGUUUCAUCACUUUGGAAAGGUGUCAGGACGUCACUACUGCCCUUAUAUUGCAAGCCUAUUGCAUGCACCAAAGACCUUAGGAAGGACCAAAAAUCCAUGUAGCUGUCACCCUGGUCCUCUGCAGAAAACUCACCUAAAACUCACAAGCAGUGGUUGCUCAAGUCUUUAGAUAGGCACAUUUCCAAUAGCCACUUUGUGAAGCAGGGCCUUAUUGUCUCUCAUGUAUUGGUUGUAAAGCAAUUUAAGUCAACUGAAUUCAUUGGUUAAAAUCUUGGUUUUUA